AUGUCGCAGGUCCCCGGAACCAACAAGACCACCAACGACGUCCAGAAGGACGCUCAGAGCCUCGCCAACGACGCCUCCAAGCAGGCCUCCAACAUUGGCAACGACCUCUCGAACAAGGCCAACGAACUCUCUUCGCAGGCUCAGCAGUCGGGUGACUCGCUCGUCAAGCAGGCUACUGACCUCGCUUCCAACACCCUCGCCUACGUUCAGCAAACCGCUGGUUCGCUCCUCGGACAGGGCAAGGAGCACGCUGACAACGCCGCUGACCAGACCAGGUCGGCCGCCAACGAUGCUGCCAACGAGGCCUCCAAGACCGCCGACGCUGCUGCCAAGCAGGGCGAGCAGUCGGCCGAGGAGGCCAAGCAGACCCUGACUGGCUUGACCAACCAGGCCCGUGAUCUUGCCUCGCACACACUCGACUCGGCCAACCAGUACAUCAAGCCCGCUGAGGAGAACGCCUCGGGCCUCGUCAACCAGGCGCGUGCUACCGCCGCUCACGUCGUUGAUCAGGUUGCCCACAUUAUCGCCGCUGGUCAGCAGAAGGCUGGCGAGGUUGUCGAUGAGGCCAGCAAGCAGGCCAACCAAGCUGGUUCGAAUGCCAGCCAGCUCGCCAGCGAUGCCACCAACGCCGCUUCGCAGAAGGCCGGUGAGGCUCAGAAGACGGCCCAGAACGCCAGCGAGCAGGCUAGCAAGGCUUUGAGCGAUGCUGCUGCUCAGGCAAAGGGUGCCGUCCAGGGGGCCACUGGCUCCAAGUAA